AUGGUUGUUCAUGAUCGUGAUAUUAAUCGUUUUGCUGAUCGUAGCCGAGAGCUUUGGUCUGAACGGACAGUGUCCGAUAUGAGAUAUAAAGAAAAUGGUUUUCUUCGUUGUUGUGGAAGUUGUCCAUUUGCAUCAUUAUUAGCAUUUAUUUUAACAUUAACUGGCACAGGAAUCUUUUGUGGGUGUCUUUAUUAUCCAAUACGAGCGUCUAUUGAACAAAUCAAUAAUGUUUUUCAAUUUGAAUAUAUCGAUUAUGAAUGGGUUCGUAUAUUACGAUUAGCAGUUAUAUUUAUUAUGGCAAUUAUGGGUGGUUUUGCAUUGAUUUUACUUACUGUUGGAUCAUUAGCUACAGGUGCAACUCGUCAUCAAGUUUAUACAGGAUUUCGUUCUCGACUUGGUGGUCGGAUUGUAACAGGAUUUUUUACAUUUAUUGUCUAUAUGAUUCUGCUUGUUUGGUUAAUUGUAAUGAUCAGCAUGGUAAUACCAUGUAUAGGUUUAUAUAUUUUAAAAUAUCGUUGUCAUGAAGCAUGGGCAACACCAACAGCAUCUAGUUGGCCUAAUACAGCUUCGCCAGUUGCUUGUCUAACACCAGGCACUUAUGGCAUUCCUGUACCUAAACAAAAACCUGAUCUAAAAGUUUGUCAAGAAAGAUUUAAUGAAUUAUGUACAUUGACGGAACAUACACCACGAUUUUGGGCAGGUUUAGUUGGUGCAAUUUUUGUUGUGAUGGGUUUGAUUCAUUUUCUUUGUUGUCUUGUGGCUAAUUAUGCUCAUAUAAAAGAUGGUCGAAAGCUACGUGAUUAUGAAGAAGCUAUUCGUGAAGAGAUUGAAAUCUCGAAACUUAAUCAAUAA